AUGAGGAUUCAUCCUGACAAAGCCGAGGAUGUUAAUCUUUUAAACUCUUCGCCCGGAUGUAUCUGUCUCUGGCCCGCAGUAUUGUCGGACAAGCAGCAGGCACUACUCAGGCCAUUCACGGCCAGUGCAUACCCCAGCCAUCUGACCCGACUGUAUGACUCACUUUUCCCUGUUGCAGCCAUCAGAUUCCCUGAUCUCGAUCUGCCAGCUCGUCGCCGACGUUGGCUACAACUCUUCGGCCGAGAUUACCUGGCGGAAACUAUCUCUAGCAGCAAGCACGCAUCCGUCCCUACCGUGAGGGACACUGAGGCGUUGACCUUCCUUCGGGAGACUGUGAAGAUAUCUUGGUACGAACUCGAUGGAAUGGACAUUGAAACUGUCAUGAAGCUGGCACGAAUCUCGGCUGGAGCCAACCCUCAGGAGGUAAAGGAGUAUCUCAAGGCCUGGGGCGUGCUCCUUUCUGUACAAAGCAGGGUAGCGCGGUUUUUCGCGCUCCGUGAGAUGCAUGCAUCCGACUCGGCGCACGAGGAACCAAGUUCUCGAGAACACGGUGAAGAUGCGCAUGUUUGA